AUCCGCGUUGGUUGGGUAUCGAGUGAGCGGCAGCGGCGUCGCAUUUAUGGCCUGCAACAUGGUGAAUCUGUGCUGGAAGCUGUCCGUCUGCUUUUUCUGCUCCCAAGUUGUCUCAGGAAGAGUUGAGGAGGCGCGUUACAUCGCUGCUGUGUAUGAACACGAGUCCAUACUGAGCCCCGACCCCACCGCCCUUGUUGAUCGCCGGUCAGCGCUGCAGCUCAUGGGCAGAAACCUGGACAUCUACGAGCAGCAAGUAGUGGCUGCUGCAAGGCAGGGGGCACAGAUCAUUGUUUUUCCUGAAGAUGGAAUCCAUGGCUUCAACUUCACCAGAAGAUCCAUUUAUCCUUACUUAGAUUUUGUUCCACAUUCACACGCUGUGAAAUGGAAUCCAUGCAGAGAGAUGUAUUUGUUCAAUGACACAGAGGUUCUGCAGCGUCUGAGCUGCAUGGCAUUGAACAACAAAAUAUUCCUCGUGGCAAACUUAGGAACCAAGCAGCCCUGUGGGCACACUGAUCCUCACUGCCCAGCAGAUGGAAGAUACCAGUUCAAUACCAAUGUGGCAUUCGAUGACGCCGGUAUGCUGGUAGCCACCUACCGCAAGCACAAUCUGUAUUUCGAAUAUGCUUUUGAUGCCCCUCCAGAGCCUGACUAUACGCUCUUUGAGACCCCUUUUGCUGGCAAGUUUGGUAUGUUCACUUGCUUUGAUAUACUCUUCUUUGAGCCUGCAGUGAAGCUGAUCAGACAAUACAACUUAAAACAAGUUGUAUAUCCCACUGCCUGGAUGAACCAGCUCCCACUCCUGUCUGCUGUAGAGUUUCAGCAAGCUUUUGCAACAGCUUUCAAUGUCAACAUUUUAGCAGCUAAUAUCCACCACCCUACCUUGGGCAUGACAGGGAGCGGCAUAUACACUCCAGUCAAAUCAUUCAUCUGCCACAACAUGGAAAGCUAUGGUGGCAAGCUCAUAGUCGCAGAAAUUCCUGUGAUUACCACUGAUUACAAAACCAGUUUAGAGACUAAUGAAAGAUUCGGAGAGAACUUACAUCACUCGUGCAGGACUUUUACAAGUUCCCCAAUGGACGAUCAAGUUUGCUUUAAGGAGGGACAGGAGAGCCCUGCUAAAGUAUUAGAAAAAGGAAGCGAACAGUUACCUCCCCAGUUCUAUGCAGAAAUGAUGUAUGACAACUUCACUUUUGUUCCUGUCUGGGGCGAAAAAGGAAAGCUCCAGGUUUGUGCAAAUACCCUCUGUUGUUACUUAAAUUAUCGGAGAUCUGGUUUAACGGAUGAAUUAUAUGCUUUGGGAGUUUUUGAUGGGCUCCAUACAGUACAUGGCACAUACUAUGUCCAGGCCUGCGCCCUAGUAAAGUGUGGUGGUCUCAGCUUAAGCACUUGCGGGCAGGAGGUUACGGAUGCCUCUGCCUUGAUAGAUUUCCAGCUCUGGGGAAAUAUGAGUACUCCAUAUAUCUUCCCUUUACUGCUGACAUCUGGCAUUACCUUGGACUUUGCUGAUCACAUGGGCUGGAAAAACCACCACUAUUUCAUGAGCAAAAAUAGAACAUCAUCUGGCUUACUGACUGCUGCUCUGUACGGGAGGUGGUAUGAAAAGGACUAGCACAGAUAGUUGACUGAAUCAGAAAACUGCUUACAUUUUCAGAGCGUGUAUCUUAACAUGAACUAUCUGUACUUCCAAGAUCUUCAGGUAUGUUUGUUACACGAUUGGCCAAUUAUGUUCCCCAUUUGAAAUGAUAACCAAAGCAAUUAAUCUAAGAGGCUAUAAAACCACGGUCUGUACCUUGGAAGCUUGUCUCAUUCCAGAAGUAAACAAACUGCCUUGCAACUAUGAAGGCUUGUUAUAAUGUGUUGAGAUGUUUUAUACUGGGAAAAUAGUCUCUCAUUUAAACUGAAUUUGCCCCUUUACAUUUAAUCUUUUGUUUUUCUUGGGUCGUGGCUAGGGUUAUGGAAAUACAUGGAAUGGAAAACCACUACAAAAGGAAGAAAAAAUAGGGAAUGGAGUUGACGACACAAAUACCAUGCAUGACAUGCAUGAAAAUAUGGCUUGUAUAUGGUGAAGUUCUGAUUACUGGUUAGGGUGCAAGGAUUUCUUUUUCCUUAUUAUUAACCCCCAGCCCUCCUCCCACCUGAAAUAAUUACCACUGACUGGCCACUUGGUUGUCUGCAGUUCUGUUAGCAACCUCUGUAGCUUUUCCUAUAUAAAGAAUAACUGAACGGUACUGCUUUAAACAUCUAUGGAACAACUCAUCUGGAGAAGAGUAUAUCAACCGAUUGUGAAACACUAGACUUCAUUAAGACAUACUUUCCACCCUCCUGUGCAAGGAAUUGUGUUUAAAGAAAACACUUGUUGCUGUUCGUUGCUCAGGUUAUGCACUACUUCAGUACUGUAACUUUCCCUGUAUAAAAGAGAGGUCAUUCCAAGCCUGUUUUGACUUGAGACAUCUUAGAGGUUGUUCAUAAACUCAUUCAAUAAGCUGUGAAAAGCACGUAACGAUUUGUGGGACAGUAAGGUUUUUGCAUAAAUUGUGUGCCAGAUGGUAGGUUCCUGCUGCUAAACGAGUAAAACACACCCUUCUUUCCAGAGCAAUAAUGAGAUUAGGUGCUAUAAAUAUUAUACUGCAGCGACAAACUCUUUUACUGCAGUGAAGAGAAUAUUCAAAGGGUAUUAAUUUGGGUUUAAAUUCAGAGAAAAUAAUUUCUUCUCAAGAAUUACAACUUCUUGUGGUCUCAUUGGCUGUUACAAUCUGUGUAACAGCUGUUAAGUAAACAACAAUAAACACAGUCAUUCCUUGGGUGA